AUGUCCGAUGCCACUCCAUCCUCCUCAGAAGCUCCAACACCAUCCGGACAGUGUAGUAGACUUCGUCCUCGAUCUAAAAACUCGACUGCACCAGAACCACCGGCUCCCAAGCUCACGGAUCACACCGACAAACUCUUUAUCGAGCAGCUGCGUCGUACUACUUUUCCGUUCGAAUUCCAAAAUAAGCUGGAUUCUCGUUGGACAAUUGGCGAUAUGUUGAAAACAAUCCAUAAAACAUUGCUCGAUUGGCUUGAAGUAAAACAGCCAACGAAAGAAGUAAUCGAGGAUCCGGCGAAGUUCAAGUCUUACCUGAAGAAUCUGAACGGAAAAAUUCGAGCUUCCCAUCACCGACCGUUGCCGGAAGCCAUGGAGUUGUGGAUGAAGGAGAAGUGCUCUGCGAAGCAUGCUAGUCGGAUUUGCUACUUUUCAAGAGAGCUAUCGAUUGGUGAUGAGAAACUCUUGAACAACUAUCGUCCCCAUUCCGCAGAGACGUAUGGAGAAACGGCCUUGAACCAACUGUUGUCGAUCUGCGAGGAGCUUGAAGUGGGCACGGAUGACAUCUUUGCUGACCUGGGCUCAGGAGUUGGGCAAACUGUGCUCUUCUUGUCUGCGUUUGCUGGAGUCAAGAAAUCUAUCGGAUUUGAGAUAAUGCAGUAUCCUAGCAAGUGUGCAGAGCUUAACCGAUCGCAUUUUAUUUCACUAAUGAAGCACUUGGGAAAAGCACCUCUUGAGAUCAAGCUGAUUCAUGGAAGCUUCUUGGAUGCUGAAGCAGUUGAAUUGAUUACCAGUGAAGCUACGCUGUUGUUUAUGAACAACGUGAAGUUCGAUCCGCCAUUGAUGCUCAAUUCGGAGAAUCUAUUCAAAAAGUGCAAGGUGGGAACCAGAAUCAUUUCCACCUCGGAGUUUGUGAAUCGUGGAAGAUCUCCAGAAGCUAGCAAUGCUUGGACUUCUCAACUCGCCAGCAUCACUUCCACCAAAAAGCUGCGAUCAGUGUCAAAUAACGUGAGCUGGACCGGAUUAACUCAGCAGUUCUACUUGACAACUAUCCAUUCUGCGCUGCCUACUCCACAGCCAACUGAUCAGUGAUUCUCGACCCAUGCCUUCUUUCAAUAAUGUUCGCAAAAUAUCUUCUACAAUCUAGUGUGUCAUCCCC